AUGUCUCAACUGGGCGACCCGACGGACUUUGACUACGAGGCCAUUAAUUAUAUGUUUCGGCGAGGGCCGCCACGGUCAUUCCUCGAUCGAUUCAGUCCUCCGGCCAACACACGAUGGAUUUGUGACGGAUGUAAGAAGGAGGCAUUACAGUCGGAUACGCGAUUCCGCUGCCUCAGCUGCGAUGAUUUUGACUUUUGCCAGUCUUGCCACGAGACGGCUUUUGAGACGCACCCGCCACACGAGUUUGCGGUCACUGACGGGUCGAUGACGGCGAGGGAGAUGGACAAGUACCUCUUGCCGUACCCAGACGCCGACAGCAGCAGCAGAGCGGCCCCGGACGAGACUAAGCAGCCAACCCUGUACCCGUACCGGCCGCUGGACACGAGUCAGCACGAGAUCCGGCUGCUGGCGCUCCUGCCGGGUGCUGCGGAGGACGAGAUCGCGUGCCGGAUGGCCCACGCGCCGCUCUUUGCGAAGCUGUCGUACGAGGCGCUCUCGUACACGUGGGGCGACCAGACGGCGCCGGUGCUGAUCCGGAUCGACGGCGUAUCCUUGGCGGUCGGGCAGAGUCUGGCCGGGGCGCUACGGGCGCUGCGACAGACGGAUGCGACUCGCUACCUCUGGGUGGACGCGGUGUGCAUCAACCAGCGCGACGAUGUCGAGAAGAGCCGGGAGGUGCAGCGGAUGCGGCACGUCUAUGUGCAGGCCACGGGCGUGGUGAUCUGGCUGGGGGAGGCCUCUCAGGAUGACGCCUUCAGCAGCGACGACGCCAUGGCGCUGGCCAACAACCAGACGCUAGGCACCUUUAUCUGUGGCACGGACACACACUGGGCAGCGCUCGACCGGCUGGUACGACGGCCGUGGUGGAGCCGGGUGUGGUGCCUGCAGGAGGCGGCCGCAGCAGCUCGGCCUCCGCUGGUGCUGUGCGGCCGGCAGACGGCGUCAUGGAUCGGCCUGCACGAUGCCUGCCGCAAGCUGCCGGACUACUGGAAACGCACCAGGACGACGGCCGGCGAGGAAUAUGCGCUCGCGAGUGCCGAUCUGACCUUUCAACGCCACUCCUCCAUCCGCAACCAGUACAUCAAUGGCGAGCACUUCCGGCUGCUCUACCUGCUCUACAUGACGCUCGCCUGGGAGGCCACAGAUCCGCGCGACAAGGUCUUUGCCGUCGUCGGCCUCUGUCGAUCGGAAGACCGCGAUGCCCUGCCGCCCGACUACAGCCUCAACGUCCGCGAGGUCUACCUGCGCACUGCCCGUCACCUCAUGACCACCAGCCUCAACCUGCUCAGCCUCAACACCGGCUCACCCCGGCUCUACCCCUCUGCUGGUGCUGGCUGCCAGCGCCUGCCGUCCUGGGUCCCUGACUGGUCCCUGGGCGCGUCCCGGCCGCCGCCACUGUGGCGUGAGGGCUGCUACGCUGCCUCCAACGUCGCACCACACACACGUUACUGGCCUGCCCUCAUGCCCGGCGACGACCCCGACGUCGUCCGUCUCGUCGGCUCCCUCAUCGGUCGCGUCCAGCACGUCGGCGACGUCAUCGUGGCCGAUGCCACCAGCUGGGCUGCACCGGCCUGGACCGGCUUCUACGAGACCAUCCGCAGCGUUGAGACCUUCUUUCGCCAAUGCGUGACCGCAGAUGGUCCCGACAUCGACCUGGACCGGCUGCUAUACCGGACGCGCUUCGACUGGAUCUGGAGGACGCUGAUCGCCGACAGGGAAUAUCCGCAACUCUCGUGGUCUUGGCCCGCCUCGGCCGAUUUCGCUGCGGCCUACCACUACCACCGGGAGCGUGCCUGGGGCCGAGACACAGGCAGCACCGAGGAGAAUACCUACCAUCGCCGCGCGUACCCUGUUCUGGCUAAACACACGCUGAACGAGCGCCGCGUCUUCUUGACCAGAGACGGGCUCUUUGGUGUCUGUGCCAAGAACGUCGAGCCGGGCGACGUGGUCGUCAUUCUAGCGGGAGGCGACAUGCCCUACAUACUGCGCCCUACACCGGCUGCUUCCGAGCCAGACAAGGAGGCCUAUCUUUUCGUUUCGGACGCCUUCGCGUAUGGCGCUAUGGACGGACAGGUUUUCCGCCUCCAUCCAAAUACGGAAUUUCCCAUUGCGUGA